AUGGACACAAAACCUGACUUGAUUGGACUUGGUCGGGUUGGGUGUGGUAUGCGCAUUGGAGACAUCGCAGUGAAGACCGCGAACACAUGGACGGUGCCUGCAAACGCAUCGGAAUAUACAUCUAUUGUCUACCAGCAAACCAACAGAACGAAUGAAGAGUCGUUGAUACAUGAAGGGCGCAUUUAUCAACGCCUCGCGUUUGUGGAAGGUGUCCUGAAGCCGCUGCAUAUCUCCAAUAAAGAAAUUCGGAUGCCGUAUAUCGCCCACGGGUCUCUCGACAAACACCUGAGUACAAAUAAGACAUCUAUCAACAAUGAACAACGCUUGGGGUGGUUUCAAAAUGCUGCAGAAAUUAUUAAUGGGGUACAUGAGCAACGGGUUAUUAUUGCUGAUAUCGCAGCACGGAAUUUCCUGAUUAACAAGGAUCUCUCGCUCCAGCUAUGUGAGGAUUUCCUCUCCAUCAAGUUCGACAUUGCGCGUUUUGGAUCGACGAUGUAUGAGAUCGUGUCCGGCAACCGAUAUGAAUUUUAUGUAAACCCUGAGAUCGACAAGGACUUGGAUGACGACGAAUCGAAAACGUAUAAAGACUGGCCGACGAGCGAACAAUUUCCGGACACGAGAAAUAUAUUCCUAGGUGAUAUAAUUCGCAAAUGCUGGCUUAAGGAUGGUUAUUGCAGCAUGAAAGAGGUUCAUACCGCGUUACAUUCCACACGUGCUUCUAUUGAAGCAAUUGAAGCGACCCUAGAUUGGCGUUACAUAUUUCGCGUGGGAAGCCCGAUAAUCACAACAAUAAUAUUUAGUAUGAUAGUCGCCCGCCGUCUUCUAUGGCGAAAAGUUGUGGAUACUAUCACAUUUAAACAUUAG